AAGUGCAAGUGUUACAGUGCGAGUUUUACGUACACGGAGAAAUUCACCUUGAAACAAUGUCUGACUUUGAGUACCAUGUAAUCCAGUCUAAGAAAGACCUCGACUCUGAGGAUGAAUCUGGAUCAUUAAAGACUCAGAAGAAAACAACCAAAAGGAAAAACGCUUCUCAGAUCCCGAAACGUGACGCGGGCUGGUCGCUGGACAGAAACGUCGUCGAAGAAUGUGCUAGUAAAAGCAAGAAGAUCAAACCAAAGAAAACUGUGAAAAAGCACGCAUCGUCCGUGUUAAUAACUGAUACGUUGCAGGACAGUGACACUGACCUUGAUGAAGAAGACAAAACUAAAAGUACGACAACCAAGUCGAAGAAAGAGACACCUGAUUGUAAGCCAGGCUGGUUUUCAAACUGGGGUGACGAAGGACAUGUUGAAGCCCAGCGUCGAGCAUCCGCUGCCAACUCUCUGUCGUCCGUGCUGAUACGUCGCGUCCCAGGCGGCUACGUGCGUCGCACAGCUUCGUUAACCGGUGAUCUUUUUAUUGAUCUUAAACUGUAUAACGUAGUAGAUAUUCAAAACGUUCCAUCUGAAGCCCGUUGGGAGAAAGCGCUGGUUAAUUUUAAAUAUCGUGUGGAUUCCGUUUCGGAUAUAGUAGAUGGAAUAAAUAAGAUUCUAAAGCGUUGUAAGGACGACUUUACAGAUGAAGGAACCUUUUUCCCAGAUAAAAAAAGCCAAUAAUCUUUAAUCUUUUUUACGUCUAAUUUAGUCUAUUCCUAUGUCAAUAGGCAAAAUGCCUCAUAAUAGCUCCAUAUUUUGUUCAGUGUGUGACAUAAGUAUUCCAAGUAAAGCCUUUUCUGCUCACUUGCGCACUAACUUGCAUAAAAAUAAUAACUCUGUUCAAUUAACUCCUGAUAUUGAAAAAAUAAGCAGCGCUUUCCGUAGUAGAAUAGCAUCAUACAGAGUGCGUGGACCAGAGAGUAGCCUCCAUGACUCACCGGUAAAGUUUCUGUGCGCUCUUCGUAGACAUAUUAAACAUAUUCUCGAAGCGAGAAGGCUUGCUUUUGGAUCUAUAAAGGUUAACUUUGAACUGUUUGCUGAAUUUGGUUUGCCGAAAAAUGAAGCAUGUGAAAUUAAAUCAUUCGCUACGCAAAAUAUAAUUUUACAUCAGAGUUACGAAUUUAAAGAAAUAUUUUCAACCAUUUUGAACACAUUGAGCACGAAAAUUGAUGAAUUUCAAGAACGGGACAGUGGCUGGAGCUUUCUACGAAACUUAUAUCUCGAGAUAAACAUAAACAAAUAUAAUCCUCUUAGAGCGUCUAGAUUUAUAGAAUUACCAAAGUUAAUAAAACAUCGAAGAGCUUGUGUAAAUAUUAAAAACAAUGAAAGUAGCACUAUCUUCGAAUGAUGAUAAACGAGUAAUAUUAAAAGACAAUAUUCACACACUUGCGUGGGGACAUGCUUCAUUUUUCUAAAUAUAGUUAUAUAGUGAUAUUUUAAAGGAAACUUUGAACUAAUUUGUAAACACCUACUUUACUUUUUAAGUUAGCUAUGCCAGUAUGUAUAUUAUUAUUAAAUAAACU